UACAUCAGUUCAAGAGUUAUAGUGGAUAAGCUAAAGCAUGUUUCUUCUCCACUACCUCACGUUCCCCCACCAAUUAAAAUUAAAAAAAAAUUCCAGGCACUUUCCGGCCUAGUCUCUGCAAUCCUAUACAUCAUUUUCGACAUUGCGGUUUUCAGAAGAGUGGGUAAUUCUCGAUUUAACUAAAAGAAAUUUAAUUUUUGAAUUUUAAAAAUAGAGAGAUUCAUUAAAAUGUGGACUACGCGCAAUGCCUAUAUUCUACUUUUGCGUGUUUUAUUUUAAUACGUUUAUGGUUGUGUACCAUGGAUCUAAAUGGAUUGGAUUGGACACUACUCCCUUCUGGCUUGCUUUAUUAAUCAGCCUUGGUGUUGCUUCAUUGGCUUCCAUGAGUUUUCAAUUUAUAUUUCGGCCAUUUAUCUUGAAGUGGGUACGACGAGGAGAUUCUUCUGAAGAAAAGAAUGGGGGUCUAAGACGCUUCUGGUUUUUGCCUAAUAGAACGCGUAGGGAUGACCCGAAGACUCUACGCUUGUUUAGCGCCAUUCAAGUUUUUACUGGGUGCUUUACUGGAUUUUCGCAUGGAUCUAAAGAUAUUCCUAAUACUAUUGCUCCUUUGGCCACUCUCAUUGCCGUAUUCUCUACAGCUAAAGUUCCUUCACCCGGCGAGACCCCUUUAUGGAUUCUUUGUUAUGGUUCUUUUGCCGCCUGUAUCGGAUUUUGGAUGUUAGGUCAUCGUGUGAUAAAAACUGUUGGGAAAGAAUUUACAGAAAUUAAUUCUUUUUGCGGGUUUACUGUCGAAUUGGGUGCCGCAAUAACUGUUUUGUGUGCAGCAAAGAUUGGCAUUCCUGUAUCAAUGACUAUUUGUAUUGUUGGCAGUAUAGUCGCUGUAGGAGCUGUCCGCGGAUCUGUCCCUGUUAACUGGCAACUUUUUCGAAAAGCUUUUUUGGCUUGGAUAUGUACAUUCCCGUUAUCUGGAGUAUUUUCUGGUUGUAUUAUGUUUGGAUUAAAAUAUUUUUUUCUUUCGAAAUAAAUUUAUUUUUUUUUAAUUUUUUUACUCUUUCAUAAAAAAUUUUUUUUUAAUUUUUAAUUUUAACCCUACGAAAAAAUAAAAAUAUAUUUUUUAAAAUAAUUUUAUGCCAAAUUUUAUAUACUACUUCAUAUAAUAAGAAAAAAGGCCAAUUGUUAUAGAUAAAUUUGCGACUUAACGAUAAUUUAAAAAAUAUCGCAGGAAAGUUAAUCGCAAAUUUUUAAAAAAAAUUAAUUCAGGAGCAGUGUUUGGAAACUUGUAACAAAAUCCCAUUAAAUGUUUGUGGGGGAGGGAGGGGGGUGUCCAUCUUUACAAAUUCUUUCACAGACACCGACAGCUUUAUUUUUGGUGUCUUCUAGUUAAAAUAGUAUCUUCUUUUUUGUCAUCUAAAGAAUUAUCACCCUUUUCUUCCGGAAAAAUUGAACCAUACACAUCUCUAAUGUUAUUUGCAAAAACAACCAAGAUUCCACAUUUUUGUUCUUCUGUUAGUUUUUCGUAUUCUUUCUUCAUUUUCAUAGGGAGAAGGAUUCGAGCCUUUCCCAUAUCCGCAGGAUGCGGCAGCGCAAGGAAAAACUAGAUUAAUUCUUCCCUCUUCUGUGGAGGGAAGAUUCUUAAAAAAGCCUAUUCCAGCUGGUGAUUUAUUUUAUUUUGGGGUUAAUUUUGGUGGGGUUUAAGUGAGGGAGGGGGAAUGGGGGUGGAGUACAUAAAACACAAAAAUUUUUUUAAAAAUAUUUGCACAAUGUUGAAUUUAUUUAGAUCUUGUCACCACUGGCUCAAUUCAGCAGGACGGAACGAUGGGAAGGGCCUUCCGUGGAAAGUGCAGGCCGCCGCGGCAUUGAGAAAGAAGAGAAUUCUACUUCCAUCCAGUAUGAGGGAGGAUUUUGAAG